AAUUUCAUACUAAAUUAUUAAAAGUAAAAAUUCAAAAGCUCGAAAUUUUGUGUGUUGCUUGCACGCUUGGUUUACUUUAAAGUUUGGUUUAGCAUGAAAAAAAUUCUGUUUUGAAAUACUCAAGAUGAAUUCUUCACAAAGACUGUAUGGUAACCUUUGUAGUAAUGCAUUUAAGACAAAAAAAAUUGAUCCGAAGUCUUUGAAAAGCAUUAAAGAGGCCAACUUAGCUCAAAAGUUAGCUCAUAGAUUGCGUGUGGCUAUUCUCGAGGGUGGUUCCGUAAGUUUCAAACAAAAUUCAAGUCUUAAGGAAUCCGUACAAACUGCUUUGAAUAAUGGUAUGCGCAUGAAGAAUAUCUCGAAAAUAAUUGAGAAUUUCGCCAAUCCUCUUGAUCCGCUCCGUACGCAUAUACUUCAAGUGCGACUUGGUCGGAAAAUCUGUGCCAUUCUUACCGUCAAUUGUGGUUCGUUAAAACAAAUUAAGUACAUUCUGCAACCACUUCUGAAGCAGUUCAAUGGAACUUUCACUACCGUGUUGCCAUAUUUUAACUAUACGAAUGAUAUUGAAGCUAUAAUAUCAUAUCGGGUCGUGGCUCGUUUUGGAGAUUUAGAGAGCAAACUAUUUCACGAUGGUUUGGCUUGUAAAGCGAAAAAAGUUGAAGUGGUGGAUUAUCAAACUGGCGCUGUCAACUUCAAAUGUUACCCAAGGGAAUUAAAUACAACAUGCCAUUCUAUAAAGAAGAAGGGUUAUACUAUUUUGCAUUUCGAAUGUAAUUUUGUACCGAAAUCACCAGUUCGAUUGACUUCUUCGGAAAAUGAAUUCUAUUACAAGUUUCUGUCUAUAUUACUCAAGGAUCCGCAUGUAUUGAAGGUUUAUGAUAAUGUUUUGGGUUAAUAUAUCCACAUAACGACAAUACAAAUUCUGAUGUGGUUUAUUUUAUUAUAAACAAAUUCUUAAAAACGUGAUUACUUGUUAUUGAAGGACUUAAAAAUAAAUUUAGGAUAUUAUAA